GUAUGAACUCGAGUGCACCAGUUAGUGGUAGGAUCAUGCAGUGGCUGGUCAUGUGGUGCCAGGUCUUGCUCCUCGCCGAGGGCAUGCACCUGAUGCCCCAGUACUACGAGACCUCAACAGAUGUGAACUGCAUCGAAUAUGCAAUCGCAAAUCAAAACAGGAUUGGUAGAAUGCUCAAAGAAGGUUGGCAUGCCCAGAACCCAACGCCUAGGAAAAACAUCCAGAAGCGUUCCACAAUACCUGCUGAGUUCUCCCUCACCACGGAGCCCAUGUCGAGACGCAUGGAUGAUAUUUUCACCAACAUAAUACCAAGAGGCACGCAUUUGCUCAAAGAACACGCAAAAUUAGUCCAAGAUAUAAACAGCCUCCGUCAAGUAGUGUUCAUAUCGCCAUUCGUCGAUGAGCCAAAGGAGUAUGACGACUCCAUCUUCCAUGAGAUUAUUGAAACUGCGCCAACUUCCACGAAUAGACCGUCUUCGUUCAAACCAAUUAUAAGUAGCACAAGACCACCGAUAAGUUCGACCAGACCAACAACGAGUUCGACGAAAGGAAGUUCGAUUCCAAUCAUAUUACUGGGUGGAGCGAGUCAGCGUCAGGUGGUGAAGAGUCAACCUAUUACUUUUAUGAAACCGACCAUUAGUUUAGUCGGAACCACCGUCUCUCCUCUGGUGAAGCAUCCAUACCCUUUCGUGAACCCCCAACGGAAGCCGGUUAAGAUCUGCAUGACGUCGAUCCCUGCGAUGUUCACUACAACGAGACGUCCGCCUACUUUUUGGGAUAAACUCAUAGACUAUUUCAUACCCGCCCGUACUAUAGGGAGGUAGGUGUCAUAGAUAAAUAUAAUUUAAGUACUUUUAUACAUCUUGAUCAAUAAGUAGUGAUAUUAAUUUAAUGCUAACCUUUGGCUAAACAUUUUACACAAGUACGUGUUUAAUGAACCGACCACAGUAUUUAUUGUAAUGUUAUUUAAAUUAAAAAAUGAUAAUUGUGUCGGAAGAACCAUUUCCUACCGUCACUACAAAGCUAUCGUUUACUCAGGUACUUGUUUACAGUUCGUGUAUCGAUCUAUGAACAUAUACUUAAAAUCAUUAAUCGUCUAUGUACACAUGCGUGCGCCGAUGGCUCAAGUCGCGUGUUCUGCCUCUUGUUAUAAAUGCCGAUUAUGUAUUGUCUUCUUUUUUACACUUUUACGCGUCGGAAUGGAAAAGUUGAACGUCUUAUGUAUUAUGACAAAAUAAUUAUUUUUCAUUGUGCCUUAUGUCAUUAGUUCUUGUUGAGUUCUGGUAGAUAUCCAGUGAGAACUUUUCAUUGAAUAAGAGCGACGUUAUGUCACGGAAUUUUUUGUUCUAUUGUAUUAAUCUUAAUGACUUGGGUUACAUUUCUAUUCCAACGGCUAAAAUUGUGAAUUGUAUAUAUUAUUAAGUUAUAAUAUAAUGUAUUAAUGCAAGUAAGGGCAGAAAAAAAUGUUUUGUCUGAUAUCUUUGUUACCAAUUAAAUGUUGUAUUUACGAUA